AUGGAAGCAGGUUAUACUUUAAUAAAAAGAAAUACUAUAACAUAUGAAUGGCAAAUUCAAGAAAUUAGUUCGUUUCUCGAAGCUUCCAAUACUUCUGAUAAAACCAUGGCACUAAAAUCCUCUAAGUUCUCAACAAAAGCUAAAAUACGAGAUUUUUGGAUGCUGGAAGUACAGUUAUAUGGUACUAACUCAGAAAAAAAAGAUAAUGUUGGCCUAUUUUUACUGUCUUUGAAUGAUAACCGCCAAGUGAAAACUGAAUAUUCAUUGUUUAUUUUAAAUAAUAAGAAAAAACAGGUGAACAAUAUAGACAUAGUUAAAAUAUUCGGAAUUCAUCCUGGCUGGGGUAUUCUGCCAUUUAUAACGAAAGAAGAUUUAUUAAAAAAAAAAUAUGAAUUGUUGCCGUAUGAUAUCUUAACAAUAGGUAUAGAGCUUACGGUCUUUGAUGAUCCUGUUGUCAUUUCUACCGAUGUGCCAUUUGAUGAAUCAAAGGCUUCAAUGGCUCAUGACUAUGAAGACCUGUAUAAAAGUAAACUGGGUUCCGAUAUUGAGUUGAUUGUACAAAAAAAAAAAUUUCAGGCGCACAAAUUGGUUCUGAUGGUACGCAGUCCUGUGUUUCGAGCGAUGCUGACCACCGACAUGAGAGAAAACAACGAAAAAACAGUCACUAUAAAAGAUAUAGACUCUGAAGUAUUGAAAAGCAUGCUAGAAUUUAUUUACACUGAUAAAGUUAGUGAUUUAGAUGAUGUUGCGGAACAAUUGCUUGAAGCUGCGGAUAAAUAUCAAAUUCACACGCUCAAAGAAAUUUGUACAAAAUCACUUUGUAAAUCGGUGACCAUCGAUAACGCCUCUAGAUUACUUGUAUUAGCUUACCUGCAUAAUGCAGAAGAAAUGUUAGAGUAUAUUUCAAAGUUUAUUGUAAUUAAUGCAAGUCAUGUGGUAAAAACAGAAGAGUACAAGACGAUGACAGAAUUGCAUCCGUCCUUGGGAUCUAUUUUAUUCGCCAAAUUCGCCGCUUCUUUUGAAAACAAAUAA